AUGAAGUUCUUUGCUCCUCUCCUUGCCGUCCUUGCUCUCACCACUGGAGUCACGCUCGCGCAACUCGGUCCUUGCUACAACCAGGCGGACCCCGACAAUGGCAUAGGCAACUACUGCUACUGCGAAGGGGAUGGACUCUGCUGGCCUGAUGCCCCCAACGGCUGCAACCCGCCGCUCACUGGAUCAUUCCCCUGCCCUUAG